AUGAACCGCGCCCGCGCCCCAGCACAUCCCUUCGUCACCGCCGCCCAGCUGACAGAUGUCGAAUCCGUGGCCGAGGGCCUCGAAUUCCUUGUCUACAAGGCGCAGUCACCACAUUACGGUCCUGUAGCCCUCCGCAUUCCCCAGCACAAAGUCUUCCAAAACGCCAAUGACCCAAACAAUGACUCCAGAGAGCUCCUCGCCCAAGAGCUAGGCAUCUACAAACUCUUACACGGCGGCCCGGUCCCCGUACCUCGGGCAUUUGAACUCCUCGAGACCAAUGGCUAUCCCGCCAUGCUGAGCGAGUUCAUCGAGGAUGACGGAACUCAAGCAUCGCCCGCCGAGGUGGGCCGUGUGGCCGCCCUAAUACACACCUCCCACGUGCCAAAAGAUUGGGAUACUCAACUCGUAGCCAUGGAGGACGGCGAUGUUUUCACAGCCUUGGUCAAUCGGAUGGUCCGGCGAUUUCAGCAAUUCUUGAAACAUGAACCCGCCUCCAAGAGCUGGGUUCCGGAAAGACAUGUCCUGCAGGGGAUUGCCGAGAAACUGCGACGGUUUCCUCUGCGUCUCUUACACAUGGACCUUCGGGGCGUCAAUCUCCGCGUGAGACGGGGCCGAAUAGUGGCCGUUCUAGACUGGACCAACUGCCUGGUUGGACCGACGGCCGUGGAUUUGUACAGAAUCAUGGAGCUGGAGAAGCCCGGGAGCGAGUUUCUGGAGGCGUAUUCUGAUAUUGUGCCGCUGCCGCAGGUUACGGCGGAGGAAGGGACCCUUUUGAGAUUUGACGCGGCCUUGAUGAUAGCACUGGUGUUUAUUUCAGAGGCCCCUGAUGAAGCGUUGAGGGGACCGGCUGUCAAGAGGGUGCAAGAGUUGGCCGGCAUGUUGCAAUCACCACGGGGGGCCUAG